AUGACUGUCACUAAGUGGCUGAGGGUAAUAGCUGUGCCAAACCACAUUUCUUUGACACUUAUCUCUCUUCAAUUUGUUUUCUUCUCCCACCAAGACCGUCGCACCAGUUCCCUGCCUCUACUGGCCCUCCCUGGGGUGACGCCGAGCAGUGAGGACCAUCCAGAUAACCAGCUUACAAAUGAAAAACACACAGAUGAAAAGCCUAUGAAAGGUAUUGUUAUGAGUUCUGUCGCAGAAUUCAGCAUCACAGACGCUUCAUCAAAGGGUACCAAAAAUGAGAAGAAAUUGUCAGAUGCAAGCAGAUCAUCCAUUGCUUCCCUGGAGAAAUGCAGAGAAUUCGCUUACAUUGAAGACGAUGCAUCAGUACAUCAGAGAGACAGUGACGAUGAAUGCGCAACACUUAUCCUGGCCUGCUUGUUCUGCCAAUUUUGGGACUUUCUUAUAAUGCUGCCUGAUACCUGUGAACAUUGGCUGACAGAUACCUGUUGUCCAUCCAAUAGAUAUUACCAGACCUCCGACGAAGACCACGGCAACAACGACUGCAACUGUGACUGUGACAUUGAUUGCAGCCUCUUUGAGUCCUGCCACGAGACUGGGGAGUGCCUGGAACUCGCCAUGGAGAUUUCAGAAGUCUGCUACCGCUAAUAGGAAAAUAAUUGACAAAAUCCCUCAAAACUACCUGACACAUUACAAAGGAGAUUUUUUUUUUUUUUAAAUUAAUCAUAACCAGAGGUUUUGUCAAUGAGGACUAUGUGCAUCUUGUUGCUCCCUCCUUGGAGGUCUCUAUAUCUGUACCAUUCUGGUGGCAUGAUAUCACAA